AUGGCAGGAAAUGUCGCCUUGACUGGCGAGGAUCUCGCCUAUGAUCUUGACUCAAGAAGCGCCUCAUACUUCCGCAAUCAAGCAUGGCCCAUACAGAUGGAUCAUAUCGCUGCUGCACGACCAGACUCGAGAAGAAAUGUCUCUCCAAUCCUGACCGACAAUCAUGGUCUUCGCCAGACCACCACGGCGGAACAUCCGAUGAUGGAUACUUGGAGGUUCCAACAGCAACAUCACACCGUCGACUUUCCCACUCAACAGCCUUCCUACGAUCUGCAAUAUGACACCCAAUUCCAUGGCCUCCCUAUGCACCCCUCGCAGUUGACAAUGAUGCCUGCAUCGCAGCCUCCCAUGGCAUCUGGCCUCCCGCUCGAAUCCUCAUAUCUUCCGCUCGAAUCCGGCAUUGAAGGCAUGCCACAUAACUGGUCUGAAUUUCAGAGUGAAUUGAUCAACUAUACAACCACAGACGUAGGACUGGCUGUGUCACCAUAUCAGCAACUGACAAGUUCGCCAACGGGAUCCCACCUUGAAGUCUUGUCUCAGCCUAGCUCAUGCGACGAGCAUGGAUGGACCAUGAUUGAGGCUCGAAACUCCUUCGAGUCAUACGAACGACAAUUUUUUGUCGAUCCUAAUCAGACCGUGCACAAUCGAACCUUGUCCGAGUCAUCGUACUCAGACCUCGAGCAUCAAGGCAAUAACAACUUCAUGUCCAACCUUGAUAUGGGCCCGUCUCAAGCCGUCUACUCUCCGACCACGUUGUCUGAUAGUGACUAUGAAUAUGCCGGAAAUUCUCAUCGCCUGUCAAUAGACCAUGGGUCCGCCCCUGCCGUGAGCGUCAAUCCUUCCGCUCUCGUCCGGCCCAUCCCAAUUCCACCUACCAAAUCCUCUGCUCCCUCGAUUCGAUCUCCAAGCUCCCAAGGCUCAGCUGGCUCGCCCGGCCGGAAAACUUCGAGAAAGAGUCCUAUUGCCGCUAAAUCGACCGACAAGGUGACGAAGAAGUCAUCUCAAACUGGCAAGGGUGAAGGAGAGAAACGGGUUGGACGAAGGAAAGGACCACUCCGACCCGAGCAAAGAAAGCAAGCCAGUGAGAUCCGGAAGCUGAGGGCUUGCCUGCGAUGCAAAUUCUUGAAAAAGACUUGUGAUAAGGGAGAACCUUGUGCGGGAUGUCAACCUUCCCACGCUCGCCUGUGGCAAGUACCAUGCACUCGCAUUGAUAUCAAAGAGAUCGGGUAUUUCUUGAAGGACUGGAAGUUUGACUACGAGCGACACAUCUCUCUCGGCUUCUCUGUCGGCAACAUCAAGGGUUUCUCCGACACGGAAAAGACACUGUUUAUCACCCACGGAUAUGGCCAUAUGCUACCCGUCACCGCUCGCGAAGUUUACGUCCGGGAUGAAACAUGUCUGAAGAUGGAUUGGGUCGAAGCCAACCAACUUUCUCCCGAAGGCUACGAAGUCUCCACGGCCAAACUGUCUGCCGGCAUGGAAGGCAUUUCGACGACGAUGCUGAGCGACUACCUGGACCGACAUAUCGACGGAACUGGGACUUUUGAGAAAUUCGUCGAUGACUACUUUGAGGGGACACCUUUCUUGUCCCAAAUGCUCAAGACGGCUUAUCGUUUCUACUUCAAGACAGGGUCUCCGAUAAUCAAGAAGGCACUAAAACUCAUGCUCGCAUACAACUUGACGCUGCAUAUCACGAUGGUCGAGGGGGUGCCGUCGGAAGAAGAAUUCAUUGGCAAGAUUGAAGAAGAGACGUCCAAGUUCUUCGGCAAGACCAUGGCCCCAGUGAUGAUCAAUUUCCAGAUCAAGUGUGCAAUGGCCGAUAUGUGGCGUGAGUUGCACAAGGAUGUUCUUGAGGAACUGUCCAUCUUGUAUUCGAGCGUGUACAGCGGUGACAAGCUCAAGAACUGGCCAACCAUCUUCAUUCUGGCUUCAGUGCUGUUGGCGGUUUGGGAAUGCAUGCAAUUCGACUGCCAUUAUCGUGUGCCUGACAGCGCGGCCGUGGACAAGUUUUGCAAUGACAUGGAGACCACUCCUGUGGGUGUGGUUGUCGGUCUUUUCCAGGCCAUCUCACAGAAACUGCCAUCCUUCCUUGAAUGGGAUACAUCCAAACACCACACUUUACUGGCCUCGAAUACGGAUGUGUGCAACACUAUGGCUGAAGUUCGAGAACACGUGACGAAAUAUGAAAACUACCUCCGAGGUCGACCCAACGCACGGUUCGACCGUAAAGAUUUUGACUCGCUGUCGAAUAAGUUUUUGGCAAAACUCGUCAUCCGAGCCAAUUAA